AUGACGAAGAAGAAAAGACAAAAGAAAAGUGAUAGAAUUAGUGAACUGCCUGACCAUGUCCUUCUGCAUAUAAUUGAAUUUAUGAAUAUAAGACAAUCUGUUCGGACUUGUGUUUUGUCUAAACGAUGGAAGAACGUUUGGAAAAGUCUCACUAAUCUCAAGUUGCAUCACACCAAGAAGGCAAGGGCUGAUAUCUUCAACAAGUUUGUAUCCCAAAUCUUGUCUGGUCGUGACGGCUCUCUUCCCCUUCAUAGCCUAGAAUAUGUGCAUGAUGAUGCCGUAUAUUAUUGCCCUAAAACCACACUCUUAGAUAUCAUGGAAUUAGCUGCGUCACAUAAUGUGCAACAAGUCACAAUCAAGGUUGAGCGAUGGAACAUAAAGGAUCUCGAACUUCCCACUUCCAUUUUUAAUUCUCAAUCUAUGACAUUUCUUAAGCUUGACUUUCGGUAUACAUGUCCAUAUGGCCUUGGUAAGAUGUUUCCAAAAUCUUUGAACUUGCCGGCAUUGAAAACCUUGCAUCUUACUGAUCUCAUCUUCACUACAAGUGACAAUGACAAUGGCUGUAUUGAGCCCUUUUCAACAUGCAACAUGUUGAGUAAUUUGUUCAUUGUCGGUUGGUUUUUACAGGAUGAUGCCCCCAAACCCUCUCCAUAUCCAAUUCCAAGGUUUCUAGUCUGA